GAGAAUUAUGAAGAUGAUGACCUAGUAAAUUCUGAUAAGGUUAUGAAGAAACCAUGUCCAGUGCAGAUUGUACUUGCUCGUGAAGAUGACCAUAAAUUUGAACUUGAUGAAAAAGCCUUGGAGAACCUAUUGCUGCAGGAGCACAUACGAGAGCUUAACAUAGUAGUUGUUACCGUGGCAGGAGCCUUUCGUAAAGGGAAAUCAUUUCUACUGGACUUCAUGCUUAGAUAUAUGUAUAACAAGGAUUCCCCCAGUUGGAUUGGCGGACCCAAUGAACCAUUGACUGGCUUUACGUGGCGAGGAGGUUGUGAAAGAGAAACAACAGGCAUACAAGUGUGGAGUGAAGUGUUUGUCAUCGACAGACCUGAUGGGACCAAGGUGGCUGUGCUGCUAAUGGAUACCCAGGGUGCUUUUGACAGCCAGUCAACUAUUAAAGACUGCGCCACAGUGUUUGCUCUGAGCACUAUGACUAGCUCUGUCCAGAUAUAUAAUUUGUCCCAGAAUAUUCAAGAAGAUGACCUUCAACACUUGCAAUUAUUUACAGAGUACGGCAGGCUUGCAAUGGAAGAAAUAUAUCAGAAACCAUUUCAGACAUUGAUGUUUUUGGUUCGAGAUUGGAGUUAUCCUUAUGAACAUUCCUAUGGUUUGGAAGGUGGAAAACAAUUCCUGGAGAAGAGAUUGCAGGUAAAGCAGAAUCAGCACGAGGAGCUGCAGAACGUGAGGAAGCACAUUCACAGUUGCUUCUCGAACCUCCAGUGCUUCCUUUUGCCGCAUCCUGGUCGUGAGGUUGCAACCAGCCGUACUUUUGAUGGCAGUUUAAAAGAUAUUGAUGAAGAUUUUAAACGAGAACUUCAAAAUCUGGUUCCAUUACUGCUUGCCCCUGAAAAUUUGGUAGAAAAAGAGAUAAAUGGAGUUAAAGUCUCUUGUAGAGCUCUUGUAGAAUACUUUAAGGCUUACAUUAAAAUUUAUCAAGGAGAGGAACUUCCACAUCCAAUGUCCAUGCUUCAGGCAACAGCUGAAGCUAAUAAUCUUGCUGCAGUAGCAGGAGCAAAAGAUGUCUAUAGCAAAGCCAUGGAAGAGAUAUGCGGUGGGGACAAGCCUUACAUCGCACCUUCAGAUCUGGAGCGAAAACACUUGGAGCUCAAGGAAAUGGCGAUUAAACAGUUUCGUUCUGUCAAAAAAAUGGGUGGAAAUGACUUCUGCCUUAAUUAUCAGAACAAGCUGGAGGCGGAAAUUGAAGAAACCUAUGCAAAUUUUUUAAAGCACAACGAAGGCAAAAAUAUCUUCCAGGCUGCUCGUACCCCUGCCACGCUGCUUGCGGUCGUGUUUGCUAUGCAUGUAAUCUCAGGACUGAUGGGCUUCGUUGGCUUGUCCUCUAUAGCCAUCCUGUGUAACCUGGUCAUGGGCUUAUCACUGAUAACUCUUUCUGGUUGGGUAUAUGUUAAAUACUCUGGGGAGUUCAGAGAAGUUGGAAUAAUGAUCGAUCAGAUUGCCGCAACACUAUGGGAACAGAGGAGUCCCAGGAAGGUAUUCAAGCCCCUGGGUGAUAAUUUGAUGAAGGAAAACAUAAAGCAGUCUGUAACUCAGUCUAUCAAAGCAGGCCUGACUGACCAGUCUCAGCAAGACAGAUUAAAGGCAGACUGACAGUUCAUCUCCUCUUGGACUCUGCUUCCUCUUUUUUUUUUUUUCUCCCCAUGCUUGCUGUACAACGAGAACUCAAAUAAUAAACCAAAGUUUACAAUCAA